AUGCCGUUCAUCGACGAGCCCACCCGUGCUGAAAGCACAUGUCAGCCCAUUGCCAUCAUUGGUAUUGGCUUGAGAGCACCCGGCGAUGCCUCUGAUCCGGAGAAGUUCUGGCAGAUGCUCUUGGACGCUCGCUCUGCGCGAUCCGAGAUUCCCAAGGAUCGCUACAACGUUGACGGCUUUUACCAUCCCGACCCUGAAAGACUGGGAAGCAUCCAGCCCAGGCAUGCGCACUUCUUAAAACAGGACUUCAAGGUUUUUGACGCACCAUUCUUCUCUGUCACACCUAAGGAAGCCAAGGCCAUGGAUCCGACGCACCGGAUGCUUCUUGAAGCAACUUACGAGGGCUUUGAGAAUGCUGGUCUGAGACUGGAAGACGUCUCGGGAACUCAAACAUCUUGCUACAUUGGUACCUUCACCGGAGACUUCCCCAACCUGCAAGCUCGUGACAAUGAAGGGCCCUCUAUCUAUCAUGCCACCGGUCUCUCUUCCUCCCUUGCCUCGAAUCGGCUUUCGUGGUUCUACAACCUGAGGGGCCCCUCAAUGACCAUCGACACUGCAUGCUCGUCUAGUCUAACGGCCUUCCAUCUGGCUUGCCAGAGCAUACGUACAGGAGAGGCAGAGAUGAGCGUUGUUGCUGGUGCCAAUCUCAUGUUCGGCCCAGACAUGUCUAUUUUGCUCGGUGCCGCCAAAAUUCUCUCUCCCGAGGGAAAGUCCAAGAUGUGGGAUGCGAACGCCAACGGAUUCGCUCGCGGAGAAGGGUUUGGCGUCACAAUUCUCAAGCCCUUGGAUGCCGCGCUUCGCGACGGCGACACCGUUCGCGCUGUUGUGCUGGCCUCAGCAGCGAAUGAGGACGGAAGGACCCCUGGUAUCUCGCUGCCAAACAGCGAAGCUCAGCAGGAACUCAUCCGCACUGCGUACCGCAAAGCUGGAGUUGAUCCCGCGGAGACCGGCUACGUUGAGGCACACGGCACGGGAACGCAAGCCGGCGACCCUCUGGAAGCACGUGCUAUUCUCAAGACGAUAGGAGACCAGCCCAGCCGCAAGUCCGAGCUGUACGUUGGCUCGGUGAAGAGUACGUUCGAAGAACUCAACCCCCAGAUCGAGCUAUCAGAUAACGUCAAGAUUCCCACAACUCUCACUGUGUGGCCUCAUAGCGGCCCAAGACGUGCUAGCAUCAACUCUUUUGGUUUUGGAGGAGCCAACGCUCAUGUCAUCCUUGAAGAUGCCGCAUCCUACCUCCUCCGUCAUGGUCUCUCAGGACGUCAUGCGACAGUUUCCAAGCCAAGACUACCUCAAUCUACUUCCAGCAAUGCCAGCGAUGUCGGCUCUGAAAGCGAGACCACCAGCAGCAUCAGCCCAGAAGAGCCCUGCUCCAAGCUCUUCGUGCUUUCCGCGAAUGAUCAAGAGGGUGUCAAACGCAACGUUGGAAGGAUAAUCGACUACCUUGCCUCCAAAACCUCUGGCCAACCGCUCUCAAUGACCGAUCUUGCCUACACCCUCUCUUCGAAACGGAAAACUUUACCCUGGAAGUCUUUCGCAAUUGCUUCCGACAUCAACAGCCUUUACCAGAGUCUUGAGACUAUCCCCGCCGUUGUUCGAUCGUUCAACUCGUCUGUGCCGGGUGUCGCCUUCGUAUUCACUGGCCAAGGAGCCCAGUACUUCAAGAUGGGCAAAGGCCUCUCCGUAUACAAGGCUUUCAGAGACAGCAUGCUGCGCUCUGAGACGAUCCUCAAGUCUCUUGGCUGCACCUGGACUUUGACCGAAGAACUGGAUCGCCCCGAAGCCGAAUGCAACCUACGCUGGACGGAGUACAGCCAGCCAGCAUGCACUGCCUUGCAAGUCGCGCUCGUUGAUCUUGCCAAGGAAUGGGGUGUUAAGCCUGUCGCCGUUGUUGGUCACUCUAGCGGAGAGAUCGGAGCCGCCUACUGUGCAGGCUUCAUCGAUCAUGAGGCGGCGGUGAAAAUUGCGUGGCUAAGAGGUCAGGUUUCUCAGACUGUCUCCAAGAACGGCGGCAUGUUGGCCGUGUCCGCAAGCGCCGAGAGCGUCAGCGAGUACCUUCAAUCCCUCAAGCUCGGAAAGGCCAUCGUUGGCUGUAUCAACAGUCCCAAGGCUUGCACAAUCUCUGGAGACGAUGCUGCUAUCGGCGAAUUACAGGAGAUUCUGAAGGAAGCGCAGAUUCCAUGCCCUCCUCUGAGAAGCUACCUGCUCGACACAUUCUCUACUGAGGACAGGUUCUCAGACCUAUCCUAUGCCACAAUACUACGACGCAAGUUCGACGGGGCUCACACUGCCCUGGAGGCGAUGGGACAAUUGUGGACUAAGGGGUGCGACGUUGAUAUCAACCGCGUUAACGAAGUCACAUCUGACGCCAACAUGCUUGUGGACUUGCCACCGUACGCAUGGAACCAUAAGCUCUCCUUCUGGGAUGAGUCCUACCUCAGCCGCGAGUACAGACUCAGAAACAAGCCGCGUACGGAUCUGCUUGGGUACCGAAUCCCAGGUACUCCGGAUCCUACCUGGCGCAACUUCCUUCGAUGCAACGAGAACCCUUGGAUCCGCGAGCACAAGGUCCAGGGCGACAUUCUCUAUCCUGGAGCGGGUAUUGUUGUCAUGGCUAUUGAAGCAGCCCGUCAGCUUGCGGAAGAGAACCCCACGGAGGAGGUCUACGGAUACGAACUCCGCGAUGUUGCCAUUGACACUGCCCUUAGAGUGCCGGACACCGACAAGGGUAUCGAGGUGAUGAUCCAAUUGCAUCCUCGUCGCACUGGUACCAAGGCCGGUCCGUCUGCUACCCUCAACGAGUUUGCUGUCUCUUCUUGGUCUGAAGACAUCAAGGAGUGGACGGUGCAUGCGCGAGGACUGGUCUCUGUCACCUACAAGUCGUCUCUCUCCCCGGCCAUGCAACGCGAACUGGCUCUUGAGAACGAGCGCUACGCGCAAACCUUUGCCGAAGCCAAGGAGAUCUGUCAGAAGCCUGCACGGAGCUUUCUUUACGACACCGUUAAGACCAUUGGCAUGCAGUAUGGCCCGACUUUCCGCAACAUGACCGAGCUUUUUGCUGGGCCUAGUGCAAGCUACGGCAUCAUCAGUGUACCGAAUACCAAGGCCGUCAUGCCCAAGGGUUUCGAAUACCCGUUCGUGGUCCACCCCGCGACCCUAGACUCUGUGCUGCAUCUUCUCUUCCCCUCUAUUAGUGGCGAGGACCAGUCUCUUAGCGAGGCAGUCGUGCCAUUCUCGUUUGACAGAAUCUUCGUCUCUGCCAAACUCUCAACAGUCCCUGGAACUAAGCUUCACGGAUGUUCCACGGCUCAGAAGACCAGCUACACCACUUGGAAAUCCUCCAUCACCAUCUCCGAGGAUCUCUCUGAACCCGCGAUUAUCAUGGACGGGCUGUCUUUGGCUUCCGUUGGAGAGGGAGAAGCUUCUCAAGCUCAAGAGACGAGGGCCUCCUGCUUCGGACAGACUUGGCACGAGGACUCUGACUUGCUUGAGCCCUCUCAGAUCAAGGAGCUUGUGUACAAACGUACUCUCAAGAGCAAAGAUGACGACUCUGUCCUCGACAAGCUUGAGUACGUCUGUCUAGUCCAUAUUCACCGCUGCCUCGCCUGGCUUGAAAGUGAGGAGGGCAAAGCUUUUAUGCCCCAAGAUGGCUUCUGGAAGUCCUAUGUCGAGUGGAUGCACGACACUAUCAAGCAAUUCCCGCCUCUUGCUGCCAGCGAGGCAGAAGUUGAAGCCGAGCUGGACGCCGCGCGCAAGAGAAUCGUUCUGUCCGAGAGUGGCGACAUCACAGUGCAGAUGGUCGACCGCAUCGGAGAGAACUUGAGCAAGAUCUUCUCUCGCGUGGUAGAGCCGUUGCAGGUCAUGACCGAGGGCGAUCUGUUGUACUCCUUCUACCGCGGCGCCUUUGGAACCAGCUUCAACACCAACGUUGCGGAGUACGUUGGAUUGAUUGCUGACAAGAGACCCGGCAUCAACAUCUUGGAGAUUGGUGCUGGUACCGGUGGCACCACGUAUCACGUCCUGGAGCGCCUCCGCAAUGCCGAUGGAACUUCCAAGGCGGCAAAGUACUGCUUCACGGACAUUUCGCCGGGCUUCCUCUCCAAGGCAGCCGACCGCUUCUCGACUGACGCAUCCAUCAUGGAGUUCACGACCCUCAACAUCGAAAACGAACCCACCGAGCAGGGCUUCACUCGCGAGAGCUACGAUCUCAUUGUCUGCGCCAAUGUACUCCACGCCACCAAGAGCAUCCAAGAGACCCUCGCUCACUGCAAGUCGCUCCUCAAGCCUGGCGGUCGCCUCGUGCUUUCUGAGGUUACGAUCAAGCGCAUCUUCAGUGGCUUCAUCAUGGGCCCCCUCCCUGGAUGGUGGCUUGGAGAAGAUGACGGCCGCAAAGGAGGUCCUCUCCUGGAUGUUGAGGAGUGGAACACUGCACUGAACCUGGCCGGCUUUUCGGGUGUGGAUGUCGACAUUCGCGGCGAUCGCGAGGCUUCCAAGGAGCCUGUCUCCUUGAUUAUCUCGACGAAGCCAGAGAAACAGGUGUCUGGCCCCUCUCAAUUCGUCGUCGUCAGCACAGGGUCCGAACUAUCUGAGAAACUUGCAAAGGCCAUCAAAGAGCAGUUCGUAUCCGCUAGUCAAGAUGUGUCAAUUGCUCAAUGGGAUGGGAUUUCGGAGAGCCAGGUCAAUGGCAAGUACUGUCUCUGCCUCGCUGAAUGGGAGGAAGCCAUCCUGGCCAACCUCACAGACGAGAAUUGGGGGAAGCUGCGCCAAGUCAUACUGGGCUCUGCCGGAACUAUCUGGAUCACUGGUGGUGCCGCGAUGGAAUGCUCUGAGCCGAUGAAGUCAUUGAUGGUUGGUCUGUCAAGAGCCAUUCGUAACGAGGACGCAGGCGUUCGGCUGGCUACCCUCGACCUCGAGACCGCUAGCAACAUCAGUUUCGAAGAGGCCGCUAGGAAUGUCCUCAAGGUGGCGCUGGGCCACAGUCGUGGCGACGGGGUUGACGGCGAAUUCGCAGCUCGCGGUAGCACCGUCUACAUCCCGAGAGUAGAGAGAACUCUCAGCGUCGACGGCUCCCUUCGUAGGUACGAAGCCAAGGGACAACCGGAGCUUGUCUCGUUCAAAGGAUGCGGACGACCGCUCAAGCUCACCAUCAAAACACCUGGUCUUCUCGACACCUUUAGAUGGGAAGAGGACGAAACGUACUACCAGCCCUUGCCUGAAGACUGGAUUGAAGUCGAGGUCAAGGCAGUGGGUCUCAACUUCAAGGAUGUCCUCGUCGCUUUGGGCAACCUCGCCGAGAACAAGCUCGGUGUCGAUGCAUCUGGAGUUGUCACUCGCGUCGGCUCAGCGGUCUCGGAUUUCAAGCCCGGUGAUCGUGUCAUGACUGCCUCUUGCGACACUUUUGCGACCUACGUCCGCUUCCCGGCCAAGGGUGCCAUUGCCGUCCCUGGAAAGAUGACUUUUGAGGAGGCAGCGUCGAUGCCCCUGAUCUUCCUCACGGCUCAUUACUCCCUUGUAACCGCCGGAAGCCUGGUCAAGGAUGAGAAGAUUCUGAUCCAUGCCGCUGCCGGAGGUGUCGGUCAAGCUGCAAUCAUGAUCGCGCAGCGCAAGGGCGCUGAGAUCUUUGCAACUGUCGGCUCGGACGAGAAGAAGCAGCUCAUCAUGGAGCAGUAUGGAAUCCCUGAAGAUCACAUCUUCAGCAGCCGUGAUACCAGCUUUGCCAAAGCUAUCAUGCGGGCCACCAAUGGCCAGGGCGUGGACGUUGUUCUCAACUCCCUGGCUGGUGAAGCCCUUCGUCUGUCGUGGCACUGCCUCGCCAAAUUCGGUCGCUUCUUGGAAAUUGGAAAGGCCGACCUAUUCGCCAACACGGGCCUCGACAUGAAGCCCUUCCUCGACAACAAGAGCUACAUCGGCGUCAAUCUUCUCGAUUUUGAGAAUAACCCCACUCCCCGCGCAGUAGCUCUCUGGGAAGAUACAGCAAAGCUCAUCCAUGAUGGCUCCGUCAAGCCCAUCGCGCCGAUCCAGCUCUUCUCCAUGGCCGAGGUCGAGAAGGCCUUCCGUCAUAUGCAGGCUGGCAAGCACAUGGGUAAGGUAGUCGUUCGAGUCGACGAUUCGGACAUGGUCUCCGCCAUCCCCCGCAUGCCGAGUGUGGACAUCCAAGCAGACGCAACCUACGUCGUCGCCGGUGUUGGUGGUAUCUGUAAGGAGAUUGGACGCUGGCUUGCAGAGAAGGGUGCUAAGCAUCUCGUCUUGCUCUCUCGCUCGGCCGCCAGCAGUGAGGAGAACAAGGCUUUCGCCUCUGAGCUUCAGAAGACUUAUGAGGCCAACACCUAUGCAUAUGAUUGCGAUGUUGGCAACAAGGCUGCCCUUCAAGAGGUAUUGGAGGACUUGAAGGCAAAGGGCGUCCCUGCUGUGAAGGGAUGUGUGACCGGUGCCAUGGUUCUCAGAGAUACCCUCUUUGACAAGAUGACUGCGGACCACGUCCGCACAACUGUCGGGCCCAAGGUCCGCGGAACCUGGAACCUGCACGAGCUCCUCCCGCGAGACCUCGACUUCUUCGUGAUGCUCAGCUCCCUCGCUGGAGUCAUGGGCCACCGCGGACAGGGCAACUACGGAUGCGGCAAUAUCUUCCAGGACUACUUCGCGGCGUACCGCCGCAGCCAGGGCCUGCGCGCCAUGACAAUUGACAUUGGCUAUCUCCUCAGCGUCGGCUUCGUGGCAGAGCAUGAUGAGUACGUAGACCACGUCAAGGCCAUGGGCCUCAAGGUGAUGCACAAGAGCGAUCUCCACGGCCUCAUGGCCACGGCGCUCGAGGGCUCCGAAGCGCAUCCUCCGCAGGUUAUGUGUGGACUCCCUUAUAACGAGCACGACGACGCGUGGUACUGGAUCCAGGACCAGCGGUUCGCUGGCCUCAGGAAGACUGCCGCGGGCUCCGGAGCGGGCGGGUCUGCCACUGUUUCUCUUCGAGAAGAGCUAGGUCGCUGUGGCAAGACGGACGACGAGGCUGUGCAUCUGAUUACCUCUGCUCUGGUGCAGCGCCUGGCCAAGUUGAUGAUGAUGCCCGAGGACGAUGUUGAUGCGGGCAAGCCACUGAGUGCUUAUGGCGUUGACAGCUUGGUUGCCGUUGAGGUCAGGAAUUGGAUUGCAAAGGAAGUUGCGGUCGAGGUUAGUGUAUUCGACAUUAUGGCCAAUAUUCCUAUGAGGCAACUGGCUGCGGAUUUGGCUGGGAAGAGCAAGCUUUUGGUUCAAGAAGUUUCAUAA